CAGCGCUGCCUCGGCCAGCCCCCGGGCGCCCCUGGAUGGCUGAGCUGCCCUCUCGCCGGCCGCCCGGGCGCCGCAGCGGCUGAGCUCGCUGGGAUCGCCGGGCCGCCGCCGCCCUCGCCGCCCCCUGCAUGCCCGGCGCCCGGGUCGCGGCCCACCUGGACGCGCUGGGCCCCUUGGUCUCUUCCGUGCCGCCGCCCCUGCUGCCCUCUAUGUUCUACGUGGGCCUGUUCUUCGUCAAUGUGCUGAUCCUAUACUACGCCUUCCUCAUGGAGUACAUCGUCCUCAACGUGGGCCUCGUAUUCCUGCCCGAGGACAUGGACCAGGCGCUCGUGGACCUCGGCGUGCUCUCCGACCCCGGCUCGGGUCUCUACGAUGCCGACUCGGAGCUCGACGUCUUCGAUGGUUACUUGGAGUAGGCCUGGCUGCUGUCCCCCGCUCUCCCCACGACCCUCAGCCCUCGGCCCGGACCGGCGCACGAACCAUGCCGCCGCUGCUGUUUUGAGGGCACCGUCUGGCCAGGGAUGGGACUCCCAGGACGAGGCCCUCUUCGGCCUCCG